AUGGGGAAAUUUGCAAUCAGCUGUGCUUUCAUGGCUUUAUUCGUGUACGCCAGUGAGGUGUUUCCGACACCCAUUCGGAAUGUUUCCGUUGGUUUAUGCAGUGUUUUAUCUCGAGGGGGAGCGAUCGCUGCUCCAUACAUACGGAUAUUGGGUUCGAUCUGGCCAAUGUCGCCAAUGUUUCUGCUUGCAUCAAUGUCGUUCUUGGCUAGUGUGGUCACCUGUUUAUUGCCUGAAACUCAUCGAAAGCCUCUGCCGUCCAGCAUACGUGAAACUACUCUCGAUUCAAAAGAUCUCCCUUCGUGA